AUGCAACUAAUUAGCAGUAUUAUACUUAAAUUCUCCUUCCCUUGUCUGUUUUCUCUGCAGAAUCUUAUGGCAAGAGCCCUUUAUGAUAAUGUCCCAGAAUGUGCAGAAGAAUUGGCCUUCCGGAAAGGGGAUAUUUUGACUGUGAUAGAACAAAACACUGAAGGAUUGGAAGGAUGGUGGCUCUGCUCUUUACAUGGACGACAAGGCAUUGUUCCCGGAAACCGUGUGAAACUUCUGAUAGGCCCUGUACAAGAGAGUCCAUCUCACCAAGACUUGCCAAAUUCAGGACCGGCAACUCAAUCCCCUAUUCAGCAAAAAAUCUACCAAGUGCCAAAUGCACAUACCUCUUCUCGGGAUCCCAUCUAUCAAGUUCCACCUUCUUAUCUGAAUCAGGGAAUCUACCAGGUACCUACUGCCCACGAUGUUUACCAAGUGCCUCCAUCCGGGCAGAGAAGUUUUGGUGGAGUUGAUACAGGCAAUAAGGUGGUAACUCCAAUCAGGUCAGGACAAGGUUAUGUUUACGAGUUUCCUGGCAAAUACCAGAAGGAUACCUACGAUAUCCUACCAGUUCGUCCUCUUCAAGGGAUCUAUGAUGUCCCCCCUGGAUCAGUUAAAAGUCCUCCACAAGCAGCUCAAAUGAGUGAUAUGAAAUCUCAAGGGAUCUACGACGUUCCUCCCACCAAGGGGAUCUGUACCAACCCCUCUUCCUCAUGCAGAGAUGAUGUGGAUGCUAGAGAACGAAUGACUGAUUUGGCUGGUUGCAUAAAGCAUGAAGCGAGCUCAGAAGGUGUAUAUGAUGUCCCUCCUCCCAUAGCCAAGGCAGCCGUCUCUUCUGAGCUGACACCACUCCAGCAAGGCCUCUAUGAUAUUCCAGUGAGCUACCAAACUCAAUUUGUUGGACAGCAAAUAGUUCCCCAGGCAGAUAUUUAUGACACCCCUCGGGGAAUUCCCUUUCCUGGACAGCAUCUGGCAUUUGGUGAAAGUCUGAACCCAGAUGGAAAAGAAGGAAUAUAUGACGUCCCUCCACAGGUCACACAGGACACUAAAAGGCUACCGGAUGUUACUGAUGGGAUAAACCGAUUGUCUUUUUCAAGUACAGGGAGCACCCGGAGCAACAUGUCCACAUCUUCCACAACAUCAAAGGAAUCUUCUUUUUCAGCUAGUCCUUCUCAGGACAGAAGAAUAAUACUGGAUCCUGACACAGCCAUAGAGAGACUUUAUUGGAAUCAGAACACAGUAGAAAAUGCUGUCUCCAGUUUGAUGGCCUUCAUCAAUCCUGACUGGCGGUCGUAUGAGAACAUGGAAAAAUACAUCAAUAAGAUACAUACUGCCGUUGACAAAGUGGAACAGUCAUUGGUCGACUACCUACAUUUUGCAAAGGGGGCCACUGCCAAUGCUUCCUAUCUUUCAGAACUUAGCCUCUACAAUAAAAUGAGGAGGGAGCUGCAGAGAUUGGAAGAUUCCUAUCAGAUUUUGACCCAGACUAGCCAUGAUCUCAGUAAUUGUAGUUGGUCCUUGAAUGUCCUAGCACUCAACAAGCCUCAGAACAAAUGUGAUGACCUGGAUCGUUUCAUUAUGGUGGCAAGGACAAUCCCAGAUGAUGCCAAACAACUGACCACCAGCAUCAGCAUCAAUGCUGAGGUGCUCUUCAAACAAGGACCUUGCGGCUCUUAUAUAAAAAAUGUGUCAGAGAGCAUGAAUCCUAUGGCUGAUUAUGUGUAUGAUAAUCCUCAGGCUCUAACAUUGCAUCCUGGAGAUAAAAACCAGGACCACUGCACCUCUCUAUCGCCACUCCUUUCUAAAAACCAGCCUUACCAAUGCAACAGCAAUAAUAGCUUAGAAAAGAGCUGGAUGGACGAUUACGAUUAUGUGCACUUGCAGGGGAAGGAAGAGUUUGAAAGGCAACAGAAAGAGUUGCUGGAAAAAGAAAACAUCAUUAAGCAAAACAAGAUGCAACUGGAGCAUCAUCAGUUGAAUCAGUUCCAGCGAUUGGAACAAGAAAUCACAAAGCCGGUUGAAAAUGACAUCUCAAAGUGGAAAUCACCUCAAAGCCUUCACCCAACCAAGAACCUGGUAGCCACUCAAGAGAGGCAGCUUCUUUUGUUUUAUUCAGAACAAUGUGAAACUCAUUUUAAUUCCCUCUUGAACGCCAUUGAUGCCUUCUUCAGCUGCAUCAGUGCUGCGCAGCCCCCAAGGAUCUUUGUCGCUCAUAGCAAGUUUGUCAUCUUAAGUGCUCAUAAACUGGUCUUCAUUGGGGACACCCUGACUAGGCAGUUGACCACUCAGGAAAUGCGCAACAGCAUCAUGAAUUCCAGCAACCAGCUGUGUGACUUGCUCAAAAGCAUCGUUAUGUCAACCAAGGUGGCUGCCUUGAAUUAUCCUAGCACAGCAACUUUGCAAGAUAUGGUGGACCGUGUGACAGAUCUUUCCCAUUACGCACAGUUGUUUAAGUGUUCUUUGGCUCACAUGACCUCUUAUUGAGAUGCACAAGAUGGACUCACAUCAACAAGGAACUGGAAUGUGUCUUCUAUAAUAUGUACAGAUUUUAAACUUGAUCAUGUAUUUUUUUUUCUGUAGAUGUUUUUAUAUGGAAAUUUUUAAAUUCAUCUUAUGGAUUAGAAAUUACAAAGAUUUUCAGCAAUCUCAGUUUAUUGGUUUUGAUAUACAUUUAUAAAUAUCAAGUGGUAUUGCCGUAUAUGUAUAUGUGAGGACAUUUCAUAGAAUCUAUUAUGUAAGCACCUUAACAAAAGCAUCUAUCAGUUAUGUGAUGUAUAUAAGGGCUUGAUUUUAGGAUACCCAUUAACCUGAUGCUACUUUUCCCUUUCGGGGUCUACAAUGUAUAUUUUAUUUUAGCUUAAUAAUGUCAUGUAGACAAUGUUGUAAAGGCUAUGGCAACUCUUAAAGUAAAUAUUGUUUUAUGUCCAAAGGAAAGAGGCCUACAAACCCCAUCUGGAAUAAUUGUUAGUAAAUAAACUAUACCCCCUUAACACUAA